AUGCCCCCCUCCGUCAUUGUCAUCGGCGCCGGCGCAGGAGGCAUCACCACCGCCGCCCACCUCGCAAAGCACGGCUUCAAAGUCACCGUCGUCGAAAAGUGCAGCGAUGUCGGGGGCCGGUGUUCCCUCAUUUACAACAAUGGCUACAGAUUCGACCAAGGCCCCUCCCUCCUCCUGAUGCCCGAAGUCUUCAUCAAAACCUUCCACGAUCUCGGCACAUGCCUCGAGGCCGAGGGCGUCAACCUCCUCAAAUGCGCCCCCAACUACCGCAUCUGGUUCUCCGACGGCGACAGCUUCCAGCAGUCCACCGACCUGGCGCAGAUGAAAUCCGAGAUCGAGCGCUACGAGGGCAAGGAGGGGUUCCUGCGCUUCCUGGCGUUCAUGCAGGAGGCCGGGAGACACUACGAGUCCUCGCUGACGCAUGUGCUGCGGAAGAAUUUCCCCGGCUUUGCGAGUAUGCUGCGGCCGGAGUUGCUGGCUGCGUUCCUGCGGAUGCAUCCGUUUGAGAGUAUCUGGGCCCGAGUGAGUCGGUACUUCGAGUCCGAUAAGCUGCGGCGGGUGUUUACCUUUGCGAGUAUGUAUCUGGGGAUGAAUCCGUUUGAGGCGCCGGGGACGUAUUCGCUGCUGCAGUAUUCGGAGGUGGCGGAUGGGAUUUGGUAUCCUGAGGGGGGGUUUCAGAAGGUCCUGGCAGCAUUAGCGACGGUAGGUAAACGUUUAGGCGUCGACUACCGGCUCAACUCGCCCGUCGAUAAAGUCCUGCUGUCAGAAAGACAAGACAGAGUAACAGGCGUCCGACUCGCCUCGGGAGAGGAGCUCCACGCCGAUAUCGUCGUCGUCAACGCGGACCUCAUCUACGCCUACAACAACCUCCUCCCGCAGACAUCCUACGCCCGCAGUCUCCAGAAACGCCCCGCCUCAUGCAGCAGCAUCUCCUUCUUCUGGUCGUUCGACCGCAUCAUCCCGGAACUACAGCAGCACAACAUCUUUCUCGCAGACGAGUACCAAGAGAGCUUCGACGCGAUCUUCAAGCGCCAGGAGUUACCCAAGGAUCCAUCCUUCUACGUCAACGUGCCGAGUCGGCUGGAUCCCACGGCGGCACCGGAGGGCAAAGACUCGGUGAUCGUGCUGGUGCCCAUUGGCCAUUUGACGCAGGGCCCUGCCUCGGCUCUGAGCACCAGCCCCGAGAAUCUGGAUGCGCUGGUGCAUCGCGCGAGGGAGUGCGUCUUCGCCACGAUCGAGGCGCGGACGGGCGCGAAGAAUCUGAGAGAGCGCCUGGUGCACGAGUACGUCGAGACCCCGCUGACCUGGAAGUCCAAGUUCAAUCUCGACCGCGGCGCGAUUCUCGGGCUGUCGCAUUCGUUCUUUAAUGUGCUGAGCUUCCGGCCGAAGACGAAGCAUGUUGAUAUUCAUGGGCUGUACUUUGUGGGGGCGAGUACGCAUCCCGGGACGGGUGUGCCGGUUUGUCUUUCUGGUGGGAAGGUAGUGAGUGAUCAGAUUGUUGGCGAGUGGGCUGAGGGGAAGAGGUCACGGCUGUUGUCGCAUCUGGAAUCGAUACUGUUCCUUCUGAUGCCGUUGCUGUUGUGUGGCGGGUUGUACCUGAUGCAGUUGUCUUCCUGA